GUCAGUGGUGGCCCGCUUGUGGGGGAGGCCGGUGGCAGGUGGAGUGAAUGAAAGGCAGUUUCCACAUCCAGAGUUGACGAACCUUCGCAUUUAUGAAGGCAUUAAGAGCUGCUCUCUUACAAGUGAUGUCAACAUUACGAGUAAAUCUGCAAGUUUCAACUGACGAGGCUGCUGUAUAGUGGCUCCUUGGAAGAAUGAGAAAACGACGUUGCUGAUGAAUUAGAAAACGACGCCUCAGAAUUUUUGUUCCUUCUUGUUGUCUGGACCCCAAGGGUUUAGCGCUAAAUACAACAAUAAUUGAUCUCUGGCAGAGGUGUAGCGCGUCAUCAUGGUGAGCGUGGUCAGCGGCGUGUUGUCACAAGCACUGUGGUGGUUCCUGGGUGGCGACUCUUAUCAGCCUGGGUUCACGAAACUCUUUGAUUCUACUCCAAAACCCCAGCUGCCCACAGCCCAUGAUACUGCAUCUCACGCCCAUGGCAGCGGCAGAUUUCAUGCUCAUGACAGGGGCAGGAUUCACGCCCACACUCAGGGCAAGGCUCUGUAUGACGUACGGAAGACACUAUGUGACGAGGACGGGUGUGGCGGGCGUGAACUUUAUAGUGGGUGUAAAACGACUGCCAGCAACCAGCCAACAGAUACCAGGCAUCUCCUUGUUGAAGCCAAGGUGGACAUGAUCGACCCCUGCAGUUCUUGGGUCAUUCUUGACACUCCGCAGAACUACACAUCAGGUCUGCCUUCUAAUACGUUUUUAGUAUCCAGCUGGUCAGCGAGAUGGAUCUCUUGGAUGAACAUAAUCACUCAGGUGGACAAAACUUCUGCCCCCGCCCUCCACUGGUGGGAGAACUAUUUACCGCAUUUGGAUUCAUCUCACACACCAAACUCCACUGACAACCACAUAUCUUACAGCCAGGUUUUGGAGGUCGCUAGCCUAAUGGUGCCUAAAGAAUCGUCUCCCGUUACGGCUGAAAAGUGUGUAUGUACCGAGUCUAACCAACUUUCAGCUCGUCCAGAUUAUGACAUGACCAACUCCGAGGCGGACAAUGUGGGCACGGAACUACAGAUAAAUCAGGAGUUGACUUCCAUUCCCGAUAAGGAGUUAAUUUCUCGUCGUCAGGAGGACCAGAAGGCAUCUAAGCGAGACGAGUUUCAGAAUGAAACAUCAUCUAAUUUAGUCGAGAGAAACCACAGCCAUGAACUGGGUGAGAUGAUGUGCCGCCCUGACUUGCCUAGAAGAGUUCCUUUCAAGUCGAGGCAAGUUGCGACUCUCGGCAACUCGAGCAGCAGGGCUGGCAGAUGGCGGUGGCGACGUCAGUGUGUCCGUCGCUCUCAGUCUGAGGACACUUUGUCUAUUCUGCGCCGUAGUGGUGCAGACUCUUGCGUUGUGGACAAGAUGAACCCGUUAUCUCGCGCCACGGACACAAUGAACCCAUAUAUGCUAGCCAGCGUAAAUGAUUCCACUGGUACACCUGGUGACAACGCACCGCCGCUAGAUCCUCUGCAAAAUUCUUUAUAUCAUAAUCGUUCACUGCCUAGGACGAACAAAUCUAGAGGUGAUGAGGGUGGGCAUUUAAGGAACAGAGUGACCUACAGGGAAGAUAUCCGAGCCUUUGAUAUAUACAAGAUUACUCGAUCUGUUGGGCCAGGACAGUACUCGCGUCUGCCCUCCCCCCCAGCAGAGUCCGACUCUGACACAGAUGAAGGAAUAACCUCACAAGAGGGAUUCUCUCAAAGGAAACGAAGGUACCUGGACGAGCGGGACGCUAGAGAAAGAAAGCGACACCGAGAAGAGGAAGAAGAUGCGAUGAUGGCGAUGACAACAACUCCCUUGCUCCUUCCUUCUUCUCCCUCACAACACCAGAGAUUAAAAACAUUAAUCAAACCCACUAAUGCAAUACCACGCCUCUCCUCUGGCACCAAUAACACUUACUCCCCCACCAAUACCACCGCCACAGUCACCAACAUUGCCUCCACUACCGACACUGCCUCUUCCACCAACACUGACUCCACCACCAACACUGCCUCCACCUGUACAAGUAAAAGAGAGGGAGACGUGGGGACUGACGACACGAUAUGUGACGAUAACGACGAAGACGACGAGGUCUCCACGGUCGUCCCCGAGGACUUCGGCAACGAGACGGACUCUGACAUAGAGGUCUUGGCUCAGUCAGAGUCAUGGGUGGAUCUGUCCAACCAGCCGGGUAGUCCUGACCGGGUGACACCAUUGCCCUUUGGGAAUGGUGAGGAGUACUUGCGACUGUUGCGAGAGGCCCAGAGAGAGAGCAACCAGUCUUCAGAGCGAGUGUCAUUAGCUUCCUCUCGUAGGGACACACCUAGGGACUCUCCACAUGAUUCGCCAAAGUCCCCACCAAACAGCCCUAACACUGAGAUGGCCACCGACCCAGAGGAGACUGUGCUGAAAGGCGUAUACAUUAAUUACUAUAAUAAGGAAGGAGACUUUAUUCGGGUUGAGAAGAACACAGAGACGGAUUGGAUCUGGGACUGGAGUAGUCGGCCUGACCAGACUCCACCAAAGGAAUGGCGGUUUAGUCAUCCUCGUAAAGGUGUGAGCCGUGGUGCCAGUAUCCGCCGUGUUAUGGUGGGCAACUCUUCACUCUUCUCUCGUGAUGUCCUUUACACACUCCUUAUCACCAAUGUUUUUCUUCUUCUUGGUACUGGCAUUGGGAUCUGGUUGUCGAAACGAUCAGGUGGUGAAGUUGUGAUGACUUUACCCAUCAACUGAUUACUGGUGGUAUCCACCAGUGACUCGUCUUAUAGAACACUAUGUGGGAACCAAUGAAAAUUGUUUAGUUUACAUCCAUUAUAUAAUACUUACAUCUGUUUUGAAAGGCUUUCAGUGCUAUUUGAUAUUUCCAUAUAUGGGUUCAUUAUUUUUUGUUUACAUUUACCUGUUGAUUUGUCAAGGCUUUAAGUUUUUUUUUAAGUUUUGCAAGACUGUAUUCUCAGUCUUUUAUUAAAGUGACUUUCAACAAUGUUAGUUGGCCCAGAACACCCCAACUUCAUUAAACGAGUACACUUGUAGAUUAGAAAUUUUGUCAGUGAUAGGUAAAUGCUUAGAGUUCACAUUAUGAAGAUUGCUCUAAUAAUACUGUAUUCAGUCAGAGCCUAUGAUGAUGUAAUUAGUAUUUCCUCUCACAAGACAACACUGAACCUGUUAAGAGAGUUUUGGAAACUGAUAUAAUAGUUUCCAGUGAAUUCCAAUGUUGAAUUUGUUUCCAGAAAUAAUAAAAGGAAUAGUUUUAUUAGGCUGAAUGUUAUUUAACUUUUAUAAGGAAUUUUUCCUUACUGAUACUUUAGUCUGUCUUUUAGUUUUAACUUUCCCCAGCUAUCUAAGACAAUUUAUAUGCCUAUGGCUUUUAUUACACAUAAUUUUGCUGUCUUCUCUUGUGAGAUCAGUGUAUGCAGUGUGUGUGUGUGUGUGUGUGUGUGUGUGUGUAUAUGUGUGUGUGUGUGUGUGUGGAAACAACACUCUAGCAAGAACUGUACAAAAUAGCUUGGGGAGGUUGGACGGUUAUCUAGUCACAUGAUGGCAGUAAGUUUGCAAAGCUGCUGCAGUGGCUACACACUUGAACAUAGCUUUUCCAAAGGCUUGUAUUCACUAGACACUCAGGUCAAGCCACUUGUAUAAUUAUUGUCAUUUAGUGCAUUAAGGUGCACAGCUACUACUUAUCAUACUUUAAAAUUCAAGAUGUUCUUGUUUUUUCUUCAUUUUUAAAAUAAAGGUAUAUUUUUCAAAGAAUUCUUGAAUAUGUUUAACAACUUAAGUCACCUCAUAAGCUUAUUUGAAGGAUGACUAGUCAUAUUUGCAUUUCAAGUGCACAAUAUGACAGAGUGUCUCCAGGAUACAUUCCUUAAGUCUUUCAAAGUCUCAUGUUUGAAACACUAGGUCAUUACUCCAUUUAAUUGUUAUAUCCUCAUUAUUCAGGAUUAGUGAGGUUUUAGAUAUUGAUUGAAUUUUUAUAUUGGUUACCUUGGUACAUCUGAGGUUAGGUGUGAGGUUAGAGCUUGAUAUCACACCAGUAAUUUGAUUAUUUUAUAUGAAGACUAGACAAACACUCAGUAUGUUCCAGAUAUAUUAACCAUAGAGCUCUAUAAAAAUUCUAUAGAUGUAACCCUGUAAAUGAUAUGGAUGUUUGAUUAAAGCCAUUUCUAGAUAUGUUAACAAGUAGAGAAUUAAUACUUAAUACUGUCUAAUAUCAAUGCUAGGAAAGAUUUUAAACUGUGUAAAGUGGAUAAUGGCUGAUUUAUGUAUUUUAAUUAUAAAUACUAGUGUGUUAAAUAUGAAUUGUUGACCUAUUUAUGUGUUUGAGAAAGAUUAGCAUGUGAAACCUGGAGCACUGGUACCAUGUGACAUCCGUCUGUUGGCCACAGGAGCAUCUUCAGUAGAAGUUCUCUGUGACAAUACUUUUUGUUACGCUAUUUUAUAAGGUAAUGGGAAGCGAUAAUAGCUUUCUUGUUAAUUCUCAUAACUAUAUACACAGAAAAGUCAAGAGCAUUUAGGUGGUUUCCAGUGGUCAUUUACUGUGUGUGAGGACCAUCUAAUGGUAGUGAGAACUUAUCCACUUUGGGUCUGUCAUAAUUUCCAGUAGGGUGAAAGUUACUUUAUGGAUAUAAAUUUUUCUUAAUUUAUUAUUACUAACACUAUUUGGUCACUUAUUUAUUUAUUCAGACAUUCUCUGAUGGGAUGUGAUGACUAUUAGCUCUUCUUGUCAUUCAGUUUUUUCAAAAAUGUUUUAUUAAAAUUCUCUGCAAUACAAGCAUUCAGUAAAAAUUUAAAAAAAAAAAAAAAAAAAAAAAAAAAAAUCCAUACAUAUACACGGCAUGUUUCCUAUGCGAUUGUACUAUCUUCUUGUCUGUACAAGUGAGUGUAACACAUUUCUUGGGACUGUCUUCUACACUGCAGAGUCCAAUGGCAACUUUUCCUACUGAACUGUCUUGAAUUUUUCUACUGUCUCAAUUUUGCAUUUUAAGUAAAAUAUAGUGAAUUAUAUUUACAGGACAUUUAGAAGGUAAGCCCUAAGGAUAAUUCGUAAGCAGAGUUGGACAAGACAAUAUCCAGCUUUAUAGUUUUGUAAUGCUGUCAGGAAAAGGCUAAAUAUACAAAAAGAAAUGUGA